AUGCACCCGCCCAGCAACAUGAGGCGGAAGACGAUGCGAGAGAAGGAGAAGCUGGACAUGUGCGAGCAGAAGGACAAGCUGCCCAAGGUGCCGGCGGACAAGAAACUCGUGAUCCCGACGAGGUUCAUCAUCUGCUGCGUCGACGUCGCGUCGUGCCCAGUGGACAGGGCAAUGAUCGAAGACCAGGUGUCCUGGAUGAACACAGGCUACUCUGGACAGUCGCCCGUGCGCCUGGAGAGCUUCGACAGGGCCGUGGAGCCUCCGCACGUGGACACGCAGCUGCAGUUCGAGCUGGUGAACCUGACGCUGGUCGGGGAUGCAGCCUGCGCCAGGCAGAUGUUCACGGACAAUCCGCUCGCCUUCAAGUACAACCAGGACGGGCUGGGGAUGCUGACCUACAUCGUCGCCACCGACGACCAGUCGGGCAUUCUAGGUAUGGCGGAGUUCCCAACCUCGGUGCCAGAGUCGAGCGAUGUCUUGUCCGUCCUGAUCAACAUGAACGCCUUGCGGGGCAUCUCCAAAAAAGUCCAGCAGGUGGAUAUGAGCUACGACGAGGGCGACACCUGCAUUCACGAGGGCGGGCAUUCGCUGGGACUCUACCACACCUUCGAGGGCGGCUGCAUGGACGACGACAAGGUCGGCGACACGAACCCGGAGCAGUUCCCGAGCUUCUCCUGCGCCGAUGCCCGCUCGUGCGACGGCAGCCCGGACCCUGUCCACAACUUCAUGGACUACGCGCCCGACUCCUGCAUGGUCGGCUUCACGGAGCAGCAGAAGCGGCGCCUGUGGUGCUCCAUCGAGCACCACCGGCCCGAGAUGUACCAGCGUGCUCUGAGGCCCAUCUGA